GGGUGUUCAGAAAUCUAUCUUCUAAGUUCUGAUCAUUGGUAUCGGUUGUAGCAGAGCAACAAAAAUCUGUGCUCUGUUUGGUUUUGUGAUUUCUGUUCCUGAUUUUGCGGCCAAAAUGUAUAAGACCAAGCUGCAAGAAUUAUGUCAUCGGCUGGAGUUGCCACUGCCGGAAUAUACCGUCUCCCGAAAAGGCCCCGAUCACAACGCUAAAUUUCAGGCAAUAGUCACGGUGAAUGGAGUAUCCUUUCACUCCACGCCAGACAAGUGUAAAACUAUCAAGGAAGCUGAGAAUCUGGCUGCUCAUUAUGCUUUUGAGUUCUUAUCGCAGAAUCAACCGCCGAAGGCUUAUUACACGGAGCCUUCUCCUGCUCCUUCCACCUUAGAUCCUGCGUUGACUGAACUUCAUUCUCAUCCGCCCGCAGAUCCUGUCGUUCUUCAGAAAGUCACAUCUUCUCAUCAGGAUCCCCAAAUGGUGGGCUCAUACCAGACUCACGAUCCAUCAGAUCCGUUGGCUGGGCCUCAACCAGUUCUGCCGCCGUCGCAUCUGCUUCAGCAGACAUUGAUGGAAGAUCCUUCAUAUCCGUCCAAAGCCUCUGCAGGGGUGUACAAGGCAAAAUUGUUAGAGUUAUGUCGGAAGCACAGAUGGAAACAGCCUGAGUACGUGACAUCGAAGGAAGGUCCUGAUCACAUGCCUCGAUUUACUGCCACUGUGGUUGUCAAUGAGGUUGCUUACAUCACUCCACACAAUCAAUGCCGUUCAUCGAAAGAAGCAACAAACCUUGCCGCUUGGGUUGCCUUCAACCAAUUAGCAAGCCUCGGCUUUUCAUCAGCAGAUCAUAUUGAUAUCAAGGUACAUCAAGACAAUGAAAGGAGUGCACAACCAUCCGAUAUCAAAUCAACAUCAUUGGCUAGUAGAGAGCCUUCCAACUCUUCAGACAUGCAACAUGUGUACAAGAACCAGCUACAACAGUAUGCUCAGAAGAAAGGAAUAGCUCUUCCUGAGUAUUCUUGUGAAACCGAAGGACCACCUCAUGAUCGUCGAUUUAGAUCAAGGGUGACUUUUGAUGGAAAAUCAUAUGAAUGUCGACAAUUUUUCAAUACACUGAAAGAAGCCGAACAAGCAGCGGCAAAGGUUGCAGUUGAGGCGGUAUGCCCCGAUGAAAUUCAAAAGGGUGGAGGUCUAUCCAAGACCCUUUUACAACAGCUUGCACACAAACUUGGGUUUCUUUUUCCGACCUAUAAAACAGUUCAGUAUGGUCCACCACACGGUGCUACUUUUAUAUCCUUUGUGCAAAUUGGUGAGGAAUCAUAUGAAGGACAAUCAGCUAAGACUAAGAAGCAAGCUGAAAUGAAUGCUGCCGAGAUUGCCUACAAUACCUUGAUCAAUUGUCCAGAUAAAUGUACAAAGAGGCAGAAAACUUCAAUCAUACCUGGCACACAUAUCCCGCAUCCGCCAUCCACUCAUAAUUUCUCUUUCUGUCAAUAGGUGCAGAUGUCAUUAGUUCAAUGGUGAAGAAAACAUCGGCUACACCGCAUCCUCUCUCACUCAGCGAUCAAUGUUUUGUUCCAACACCGCCUGAGCGUUCUGUUGUUUCUGUUUUACCGUUUAAUCAAAAUAGGAGUUCAACGAUGGAAUCUAAUGUCAAGCAAACUGAUGAAUUUUUUGUUUCACAGUCCAAGUCCAAUUCAAGUUAUGCUACUGUUUCUGGUCAUGCUCCUGUCUUGCCUUGUAAUGUUCAGGAUUUACAUGAUAGCUCAUCGUCCAGUCCGUUGACAGUCCAACAUUUAAGUAGUUUCAUUGAGAAGUUUAGUUCCAUUGACAGAGCAACUAGUGCAAGUAACAUGGUUUUGGUCUACCCGCGUGGUUCACAAGCAGUACUCCCUGCUCGUGCUUCCAUGUUAUCAUGCAGUGAUGACAAAUGGGUGGCUGUUCAAGUAGAUCUGAAUGGUAAUUAAGGGAACACUUAUUUCUAUGAUAGCAUAUUGUGCUCUUUUCCCUGAAAACAUUUGUAUUCAGCAAUGUUGUUUUGUGUCUUUUUAUGUAUUGAAUAUUUGUGUGUGUUCACUAAAUAGUGUUCAUGUUUUUUAUAUGUAGUUAUUGAUAGUCUCAUAUUCAUGCUUUGUUUAGGUUACUUAGUAAUUUUAGUGUUCAUGUUUUGGAAAUUUUCUUCUUCA